AUGUAUGUACCGAAGCAAGCAGUCCCGACAGCCAGCAUAGCAAGCAGCCGUCUUGAAGCCCCCAGCCAGAGCCAGAGGGGCGCUCAGGAGCGGGCGGGGCUACGUGUUCUCCCCCAUCAGUUCUCUACCCAGCAUGAGAUGAGAGAGGCUGUACGUCAGAGACUCCAUGUACCAAGCAGUCUACUUAGUCCAGGUACCCCCGAGGGAGAGAGAGCUGUUCCUGUUACUCCUGCUCAACCUGAUUUUGGGGAGGCAAGUCCACCGCUAACCAUCAUAGCCAGCAAGCCUGGAAUGAGUGCCUUUCAGAAGAGUUUAAUGUCAACACCCUACCUAUCUGAAGACUGGGUUCAUGAUUUAAAAGCCCGCUUUGAAUCAAGUGUCCGUGUCAGACAGAGCGAGAUUGAGAAGGAGAAAUUCAAACUUCAGGGCUAUGAAGAGAGGAGAGCUGAAGGACAGGCUAAAGCCAGGGAAGUGAUCAAUCAGAGGAUAAAGAGAGCGUCGGGUUUGCCUGCCGCCGUUGAAGACGUCAUCUACCGACCAGAGGAGAAGGAACCAGAGGAUGCCAUUGCGGUGAUCGAUGAUGAUGAGGAAGAUGAAGAGGAGGAGGAUGACGGUAUGGAAGAAGAGGAAGAGGAGGAGCUCCCAGAGCUAACAGAUGAGAUGGAAGAGGAGAUUCGCAAUGCCCUUAAUCCCAACCCAGCCAGUGAGGGAUUGGUUACCGGGUUUAGAUUGACCAUUAAAAGGAGAGAUAUGCAGACGCUUGCUGGUUUAAACUGGCUGAAUGAUGAGAUCAUGAACUUUUAUUUUGAAAUGCUGAAGGAAAGGAGUAAAGAAGAGGACUACCCGAGUGUGCAUUCUUUCAACACAUUCUUCUACCCCAAGUUGAUCAACUCUGGUUUCGCCAGCCUUCGUCGAUGGACCAAGAAGGUGGACAUCUUCACGAAAGACCUGCUUCUGGUUCCGGUCCAUCUAGGAAUGCAUUGGUGUCUAGCGGUCGUGGACUUCAGGAAUAAAACCAUAGUAUUCUAUGACUCAAUGGGAACCCACAAUCAGCAAUGUUUAGACGCACUGAGAGAUUAUCUUCUAGCUGAGUACGCGGAUAAGAAGAAGCAGGCCUAUAGUUUGGAGGGAUGGUCAUAUUACUCAGAGAAGGGCAAUCCUCAACAGCUCAAUGGGUCCGAUUGUGGGAUGUUCUCCUGCAAGUAUGCGGAAUAUAUCUCAAGGGAUGCUCCCCUUUCCUUCACACAGCAUGACAUGCCCUACUUCAGGAGAAGGAUGGUCUGGGAGAUACUUCACAUGACCUUGCUGUGACCUUCACUGCAUGUUGACCUGCAGGUGACCCGAGGCAGGUAACACAUGCCCUCACUGUGACAUCCACCAUGACAUUCAUUGCAACCUUCACAGUGACUUUCAUCAUGAUCUUCACAGUAACCUUCAUAGAGUCAUUUACUGUGAUAUGUUAGUGACAUUCACAACGACAUGACCUUGUUGUGACCUUCACUGCAUGUUGACCUGCAGGGAACCCGAGGCAGGUAACACAUGCCCUCACUGUGACAUCCACCAUGACAUUCAUUGCGACCUUCACAGUGACUUUCAUCUGAAUCUUCACAGUAGCCUUCAGUGUCAUUUACUGUGACAUGUACAGUGACAUUCACAACGACCUUCAUGGUGACCCUCACUGAUAUUCAGUUACCUUCACAGUGACCUUCACAGCUAGUGACCUUCACAGAGACCUUCACAGCGACCUUCACUGUGCUCUUCAUGGUGACUUUCACAGCGGAGCUCUCUGAUUUGACCUAUUGGUUCUAGAUGCCGAUGACUAUUAACUGUCAAAGUGACUUUCAAGCAAUGAGUAUAUUUGAUCUCUCUUGUCAUUUGACUGUCACUUCAAAUCAAGAGCAGUGUGAUUCAAGCAGGACUGGACGCUGGAAACGAAAUGGGGUCAUCGGACUGGAUGAUUCUGUGAUUGCAUGGAAAUUGUAUAUAGUGUAAAUCUUGAGCACAGAUAUCAAAGUAGUGGGAAGAUGAAACUUUUAUGUCUCUCUCUAUCUUCCCCCCUCACUUUCCCUCUCUCUCUCCCUCUCUCUCCCUCCCCUCUCUUUCUCUCUCUCUCUCCCUCUCUCUUUCUCUCUCUCUCUCCCCCCUUCUCUCUCCUUCAUAACAAAAGGAAAAGAGGAAUAACUUAAACAUACAUCUUUUAUAAAGAAAGAGACAAUUUAAUCAAGCAUGAUUGAACUCAACUUGAUAACAAAAUUGUAUAUUUCUGAAUUGUAUAUCAUCAAGGUAUUCCUCCAUUGUUGCAUGUUGCAUAAGGGAAUAGACUAUAUUGGGUAGUAGACGACCUGGUUGUAGACCAAACUGCAAUUCACCGUUUGCUAGAGCCAUCUUAUAUAAGGCAAAGUCACUUUCGGUGUUUGCAACAGCUAGACUUAAGACAAAGAUGAAAUAGAUUCAGGAUUAUUUUUUUUUAGUUCAAAUUAACUUAUAACUCAAUGAAAUGAUCAUGAUUUCCUUCGACCUUGUCCAAUUUAAUGUGGAUCAAAUGAUGGUUUUUCAGAUGAAUGGUCACAAUUAAAUUUGUUAAAUUCAGGGGUGUUAUUCAUGAAGCAUGGGGUCAGUUUGAAAUGAAUGGACCUCGUAUCACACACCUAAGAGGGCGACAGUUAUUGAUAACAGGUUUUACGAAACGGGGCUCAAUUAUGAUUGUCCAGUUUUACUGGGUACCAAUGAAAUUGCUUUUUAUAUCAGAUCCUUGUUUAAUCAAAGCUAAAUAAAACAAUAGUAUACAAAUAAAGAAGUAAAAUUGGUAGAAUUACCAUAUUCCAUGUAUAAUGAGAGUUUACUCUCCUUGUAAGGAGACACCACUGUGUCAGUACCAUAAAGAAUAUCAAAAGCUGAAAUGGAUUUUAAGUUUUUCAACCAAAAUACCACAUUCAGUAAUUUGUCUGAAAUUUCAAUUAAAAAUGGUAUCUAUUGACAGAUUUCAUACAUGACAGCAUUCAAGGUGAAAUCUGCACAGUGCUAUACAAAAGAACAAACAUGAAAAAGGGGGCUUUGCAUUAGGAGAAACAAUUUACAUGAUUGGGCAUU